AUGUUCCAUCAACUUGCCCUGGUUGCUGCUUCGGCGUCGCUGGCCGUUGCUGCCAGCAUCCCCAUCGUCCCCCGGGCCACAAGUGCAGGCGUUACUCCUCACGAGCAGUACUCAUCCUCAGUCGGCGUUGUCGGCUGCAAGAUCAACACCAACCGGGUGGCCUACUGGCCGAGCGCAGUCGACUGCAACGACAUCUGCGUCAAGGUCACCCACAAGGGCCGCUCCCUCCACAUCCUCAAGAUUGACACCUCUGGCGGCGCGUACGACAUCUCCUACGACGCUUGGAACUACCUCGCCUUCGGUCAAUCCGCGAAGGACGACCCGCACAGGGGAGGGGCCAUUAAUAUGAAGUAUGAGGUCGUUGACCCUAGCAAGUGCGCUGAUCUCAUGGACAACGGCAAGCUGCCCCUCACGGCAGCCAACAGCAUGAACUUUCUCUCUUCGUGCCUUAGCCAGGCCGACAGCUUCGUCGCCCAAAACCACGUGCUCUACAACAUCGCCGACCCUGUCUGCCACUACGGCGUCGACGAGGUGUGCACCCUCGACCUCUCCGUCAGCAACCAGCCCUCGUGUCCCAGCGGUCUCGGCAGCACCGCGCCGCUGGAUGAGCCGGUGUAUAACAUCGAGUACGGAACUGGCAAGGAGGUUGUCGCUUAA